AUGUCGCGUCAAGCGAAGUUUGACCAUCUCCUAGGCGUUCUGUUAUUAGGAUCAGAGAAUCAUCAAAAUUAUGCUCCAGUUGCGAAUUCUUCGCAAUUUUCAUUUUAUGAAGGAAAUAUCGCGUACAAAAAGCCAUCUUCGCAAUCAUCAACAUCUACAAUAGAAAGCAUCCCAUUAGUUGCCAGGUUUGCAAAUGAUGGUAACAGAACUGGGGUAUGGCAAGGAUGCAGUAUCACACAAGCUGACGUGACACCCUGGUGGCAAGUGGACCUUACAAGGCAAGCUGCGGUCGCAAGUGUCCAAAUAAGAAGUGGCGCAACUUGGGGUCAAUUGAAAAUCAAUCCAUUCGAUGUAAGUGUUGGGGAUGAUAGUUCAAAUGGUGGACGAAACAAUGCACUGUGUGUGAAAGACGGGAAACUGGCCAGUGGAGAGUUGAGAAAGUUCGAUUGUCCACAGGUCUUGACGGGUCGCUACGUUAGUGUCUAUUUAAACCGGGAAGAACAUCUUCAAGUAUGCGAGGUUGAGGUUUAUGAAGAUGUAUUCUGA